AUUUGUUUCAUAUCUGUUAACAUUUUUCCAUAUUCCAACGUGGUGAUCUCAUUGACACGUGGAUCGGUGACGUCAGAGACCCUAAAGAUCUGGACAAGGGACGCGGAACGGAGGAGAGGGAACUGCUGCUGGGAGGGAUACGAGGUGGCCUCGGGCACUUGCUCUCGAUAUUCGUAAAAGAGCGAUUCAUAUUAAUAAUGUUGUUCAAUGAUUGAAUGUAGUGAGAUUUUAAUAAACUUUAGUUUUUGGUAAAGAAAAUUGUUAAUAUCAGAAGUGGGAUAGUACGCAAUAUAAAGACCCAGUUUAAAAAUUAGUUAAGAUUUAGUGUUAAGAUGUCAAAAAGACUUCGAAAAGAAAAUCGUCACUCUUCUGGAAGCGAUGAUGAUUAUGAGUAUCAUCGUCGUCACUCUAAAACAAGAGAUCGGUCCUCAAGUAGGGAUGUGGAACGGCGGCAUCGGCAUAAGCAAAAAUCUAAGGGCCGGAGUCUAGGACGUCAUAGUUCACGGGAGCGCACCUCACGACGCCAUAGGCGGCGACGUUCGGAAAGGAGCGACGUCUCGGCGUUAAGCGAAGCACUUUUAAAAGGGAUGGGGCAGUUGGUACAAGCGCAAGGUAAAACGGUAACCGAGAGCCACCAUCUGGUAAGUGUUACGUCCAAUUUAAUCGCUGAAUUCAACCCGAUAACCGACAAUGUAAGUGAUUGGUUGGACUCAGUCGAUGAAUAUGCAGAAAUUUAUCAGUGGGACGAAAAGACGACAAUCCAUUUAGCCCUAAAUAAAUUGCGCGGUCCUGCGGCCGAUUGGUAUCGAGGCUUACCCUCUCGAAUUUUUGCGUGGUUGCAAUGGAAAGAAAUGUUAAUUCAAAACUUUCUUCCUAAACGGAAUUUACACAAAGAACUUGAAAAUAUGAUGACGUGUGUACCCAGAAUUGGCCAGAGUUUGUACGAGUAUGCUUUUAAAAAGCUGGCUUUGAUAAACAAACUCAAAUUGGGUAUCACGUCACACGAUAAAGUUAAUCUUAUUAUUAGUAGUAUUCCUGACGAGCAGGUCAAAUUUACGAUUGAAACAGCCGGAAUAAGCGAUCCUUCUGUUUUGGCUACACAUUUAAAAAUGUUGGACGAACAAAAGGGUAAUAAAACUAGUACAAUAAGUACACCAGGACCAAGCCGAGCGGCAAAUACGGGUUCAGCGGCAAAUUUUGGCCCAAAACAAACUAAAUCGAGUAUCCAGUGUUAUCACUGUUGGAAUUGGGGUCACCUAAAAAAAGAUUGCCCUUCCAAACAGCAGAAAAAUACAAAAAGGUUGUUGGCAAUUGAACCGAAACAUGUAAAUUUUAUAGGUCAAGAUGAUAAUGAAAACAAAUUUAUAAAAAACAUUUUCCUAAACGGAGUUGAAAUCAAGUGUUUCGUCGAUUUUGGAAGUGAAUGUUCUUUAAUUACACGUGCGGCAGCUAAUUCUUUUGCGCUUAAUCAACUUAAGGGCAUGCUGGAACCUGAUGACAGGGAGGUGGUUGACGUAACUGAGGUUCGGGCUCGGAUGGAAAGGCAUAACGAUCAUUACCAGGCAGAACAAAAGCAGCGGUUUGAUUCAAAAAGAAAGCCAGGACAUUUAUACAGUGAGGGAGAUUUGGUGCUCAUCAAAAUCACAAGUACCCCGGCAACUGGGGUUAGUCACAAAUUACUCCCAAAGUGGAGGGGACCAUUUCGGAUUACGAAAGUCCUGGGUAAUGAUCGAUAUGAAGUUGCCGAUAUUCCGGGAAGCUGUCGUUCUCGGUUGCGGUACAGUGGAGUGGCCGGGGUUGAUAAUAUGCGGCCAUGGAUCUACUGUGAGUAGGCAGGACGGUCGUACGGCGCCCCUGGCCUGUGACGGUGUAGAGGGUGGUGAGAUCCUCUUGUGGGGUGGCCUGUAUUGCGUCCUUAGUUAGGUUAAGACAAGAGGAAAUUGCAUGCGUCCUGUUAGAGAGAGUAAAGGGUAAGACUCUCUUGUGGGCGGUCUCUUGGUCAGGGAGUAGUGUACCCUGGGUCGCUGUCGGUACAUGUGCUGGGUGACAUUAGAUUUAAGUAGAUUUAUGUAGACUUAAGAUGCGCCAAUCGAAUACUCUAUUUAGGUUAAAAAUUUGCAUUAGGCAUAUAUAUUAUUUCCUUUGUAUAUUUAACAUAUACAUAACAUGUUUUGAUAAUUAAUUCUAUUUGUAACUUGGCCAAGUUCACAAAAUUUGCAGGAAGGAAACCCUGAGGCAGUUGAACCAGAGCUUCUCCUGAAUUAUGAAAAUGCAUGAAAAUUUGUAUAACUAAUGUUAUCACUUCGUUUUGUUUAGACGCUUGUUGAGUUUCAGCUCUUCAGAACUUUGGGGUGACUGAGUGAGGCCACUCAAGAAAUCAGGAAAGGCCGAAUGUUAACAUUUUUCCAUAUUCCAACGUGGUGAUCUCAUUGACACGUGGAUCGGUGACGUCAGAGACCCUAAAGAUCUGGACAAGGGACGCGGAACGGAGGAGAGGGAACUGCUGCUGGGAGGGAUACGAGGUGGCCUCGGGCACUUGCUCUCGAUAUUCGUAAAAGAGCGAUUCAUAUUAAUAAUGUUGUUCAAUGAUUGAAUGUAGUGAGAUUUUAAUAAACUUUAGUUUUUGGUAAAGAAAA